CCGCAGUCCUUCGCCCUGGCCGCGGGGCGCCUGCGUGUGCCCGCCGCUGCGCUUCGGGGCUGUGGGCGGGAGGCGCCGUCCGCGGGAAGCGAGGGGGAGCCCCGAGGGGUCCGGGUGGCGCCGGCCGUGGGCUGCGGACCGACCGGGCGCGGGGCGAGGUCCUGCUUCACAACACUAAGACACUGUAGUGUGAGUAUAAAGAUGCCUGGGAACUGACGUCUGUCAUGGACAGAGACCUUCUGACUUGAGAGCUGCAUACACCAGAAGCUGGAGCAUCCUGGGAAGGGUGGACGCUGUACCUACAGACUGUCUUGACCGUGCUCCGCAGAGCCAGCGAGAGCUAAGUGACAUCUCAACCUUGAAAUACCAGCAACAGCUGUGCGACAUGGAGCGUUUGACCCAGAUGGUGGGAAGGAGAGCUUGGUGUUCCCAGGAGUCUGCACUUUGCCAGGAAGAAGAGGACGUGACCAGGCCUUGUAAAACAGUGACAUGGCAGGAUGUGGCUGUGGACCUCACCCGGGAAGAAUGGCAGCAAAUGAAGCCUGCUCAGAGGAGCUUGUAUCGAGAUGUGAUGCUGGAGACGUACAGCAACUUAGUGAUAGCGGGUUGUCAAGUCACCAAACCAGACGUGAUCUUCAAGUUGGAACAGGAAGAGGAGCCAUGGGUGCUGGAGGAAGAAAUGUUUUGGAGACGCUCUCCAGAAACCAAAAGAGGAGGAGGAGAGAUGGAUUUUGCAUCUAAAGACAUGGCUGAGGGCUUGAAGUUCAAAGAUGUGGUCAUUUACUUGGCUCAAGAGGAGUGGGCAAGCAUGCACAGUUCCCACAGGGAUUUGUACCGGGAUGUAAUGUUGGAGAAUUACAGCAACUUGAUUUCCCUAGGUCUUGCUGAUACUAAGCCAAGUGUGAUCUGCCUUUUAGAGCAGGGGAAAGAGCCCUGGAUGGUUAUGAGGAAUGAGACAAAAAUGUGGCAGCCUGAUUGGGAGUCUAGAAGAAAAGGCAAGAACUUACUUCCAAACGACAGUUACAAAAUUAAAUCACUGCAAGAAAAGGUGGCAAAAAAACCUAAACACUCCAGGGACAGCAGGGCCAGAGGUGACAGAGAAGUCACACGCUGGGUGGAGGGGCAGCAGGUCCAUCAGGAGGGGCAUUUGGGACAAACUGUGGAAAGGCCUGUGGAGAGCCCCACGGCCAUCCAGUGCACAGCCAAUAGGGAAGCUCAGUCUCAGGGAACAGCCGGUGAGUGGGGGAAGUGUGAGCGAACGGCCACGCGCCAACCGGAUCCCGAUGACGACAAGCAAGUUGACGCUACGAGAAAAGGCGCUGCGUGCGCACAGCCUGGGAAGGCCUUGGGCAGCAAGUCAGGCUUGGCCGGGCAUCACAGGCGCCAUGAAAGCAAAAAAGGCAGUGACAGUAAGAAAAGUGCCCUUAGUUCUGGUCCUGACGCUUUGAAGCCUCAGGGAACUCAGAGUAGUGAGAAGUCCCAUAAGUGUAAGGAGUGUGGGAAAAGCUUCCAUUCUGCCUCCCAGCUCGGCCACCAUCAAAAGCUGCACACGGGUGAGAAGCCCUACAAGUGUCGGGAGUGUGGGAAGGCGUUCCCCUCGAACGCACAGCUUAGUCUCCACCAGAGGGUUCACACCGAUGAGACGUGCUUUGAGUGCAAGGAGUGUGGGAAAGCCUUCAUCCGGCCCUCACAUCUUCUCCGUCACCAGCGGAUCCACACCGGGGAGAAGCCCCACAAGUGUAAGGAGUGCGGGAAGGCCUUCCGCUACGACACGCAGCUUAGCCUUCACCUGCUGUCGCAUGCUGGGGCGAGAGGCUACGCGUGUCCAGAGUGUGACAGGGUGUACAGCUGUGCCUCGCAGCUCGCCCUACACCAGAUGACGCACACCGGGGAGAAGCCCCACAAGUGUCAGGAGUGCGGGAAGGGCUUUAUUUCUGACUCCCAUCUCCUUCGCCACCAGAGUGUGCACACUGGCGAGAAGCCCUAUAAAUGUAAGGAGUGUGGCAAAGGCUUCCGGCGAGGGUCGGAGCUCGCCCGGCAUCAGCGAGCCCAUGCUGGUGAGAAGCCCUACAAGUGUCAGGAGUGCGGGAAGGCGUUCACCUGCACCACGGAGCUUCUUAGACACCAGAAGGUUCACACUGGGGACAGGCCCCACAAGUGUCAGGAGUGCGGCAAGGCCUUCAUUCGAAGAUCAGAACUAACGCACCACCAACGAAGCCACAGCGGCGAGAAGCCCUACGAGUGCAAGGAGUGCGGGAAGACCUUCGGCAGAGGCUCGGAGCUCAGUCGGCACCAGAAAAUCCACACUGGAGAGAAGCCCUACAAGUGCAAGCAAUGUGGGAAGGCCUUCAUCCGAGGCUCCCACCUCACUCAGCAUCAGAGAAUCCACACAGGCCACAGGAGCGAGUGAGCGCUGCCAUCAGAGAGCUCGGCAGCUUAAACCCCCUGUGGUGACUAACACGUGGGAGACCAAGGUCAGGGGGUUUCUUAUUGGCACUUGAAUUCACACUCACAGGUAAUUGAGUCAAGACGUGAUGGACAUUUGUCACCAGUAAGAAACCCUAUAAUUACCGAAGUUGGCAGCGACUGACUUGUUUCAGAAUUUAUCACAAGUCUUCAGUUGAUGAAAAACUGGAAAGUUCAAUGGAUGUAAGGAAAGUAGGAAUGCCCUUAAGUGGCCCAGAGCCAAAUAGUCCUCAGGGAAUUCAUCUCAGGGCCAGGCUGAGGCUGGCAGAGAAAUUAGCGAUUGGGUUAAGCCUACACUUCUGCUAACAGUGCAGCACCUCAUUCGUCCCUUCCAUGAAAUGGUUGCAAGGUCAUUCUAUAAACUUAACGUGAGCUGAGGAAGUGUGGAAAAGGACUUAACCAUGUUUACUUCUUACCCUCAAGAGUUCACACCUUACUUACUGACGAUUACAUUCUUUUAUAAAUUAGCAAUGUUAGCACCAUAUUGCCAGUUACUUUUGUGGAAUAGCAUCCAACCGAGUGUUUAAAGUGCCAAAUGCAGCAGGGCGUGGUGUGCCAUGCCUGUAAUACAAGCACCUGGGAGCCAGAGGCAGGGGGAUCACAAGUUUCAGGCUGGCUUCAAGACUGAGUUUUUUUUUUUUUUUUUAAACCAGUUAUGGGGAAGCUAUGCCUUUGUUAUUUUCACUGUUGUGAGCUUUCCUAUAACCAUCUUAGAAGAGGGGCGCCUUACGUGUCCAGUGAUUGGAGGGACAUCUUACAUCGUCUCUUAGGAAGGAAAACUUAAAGCUUUUGUUCAUAGUUUGCCCUUCUGCUGGUCAGAAGACUCAGAACUGAGCUGCAGUGAGGUUGCUGGUAGGGGGGGCUGGGGUGGAGGGAGCCAUUUGGAUGCCUUAAUAAAGUCUCCCUGAGCCGGUGUGGUGGCACACCCAUCACCCCAGAACUCGGGGACAGGACAGAACCUCAAGGCCAUUCUGGGCUACCUAGUGAGCUGUGGGGGAGCCUGGACAACAGGAGUUCCAGCCUCAGAAAAGAACUUUCAUAAACAAAAGCCAUGCCUUGAUAUGUAUACGGGAGAACUGGAAAAUAGCAAAGCUUUAGCCAAGAGCCAAGAGCCAAGUCUCCGCAGGAAGCUAAAGAUGCCUAUAUGUAAAUACAUUUAUACUUAAAUGUCCAUUAGGGAUAAAUGAUACUAUAUAUGGAGAUGCAUCCGCUGUGACUGAAGCUAUUCUCUGAGGAAAAUGAACUUUUCCCUUCGUAUGUGUCAAAGCGGGGAGGCUAGGAGUCUGUGGUGACCAGUUUCAGUACCUAGUCCCGACAAUUCUCAGUAAACAUUCUAUCCAAGCAGCAACUCCAAUAGAUGAAGAAAUGAACAAAAUGAAACCCGGCACUGCAGAAACUCGGAAUAGGUAGGUGACAGACACACCCCGUGCUGUCAUGAGCUGGAGAGGAAGUUCACGGGAGUUCGCAUGGCUGGGACGAGCAGAGACAAGGCCUCUGCAACGGCAGCAUUCUCCCUCUUUGGCGUCACUGACCGCCGCAGUCUGGUUCCCUAGCCUUGCACACUGUGCGCUUGCUCUCGUGCGGUAGAGCUCUGAGCAGGGCUCAGAUGCAGGGCCUUCCCCGGCGCGGGAGCAUGCCUGUGCUGCCAGGUCCCUGCUUUGUGAGGCUGAGACCGCCUGGGAAAUGCAGUGUAGUGACGUGUCCUUUCUGUGGACUUGCAGAAUAAGAAAUGCAGGCACAGAAAGUUAAAAGACUCGGCUUUUUACAGUAUACAUACCUCUUGGAAAAUGAGCAUUUAAAUAUAUUUUUUACACAGAUAUAUUCAUCAGGAAUUUAUAUUCAGCACAGAGAAGCAUUAUUUUCUUAAACAUAUUAUUGAGCUAUAUAAUCAACUUCAUUUUAGUAAGAUGUAGGGUGUUUACUCACAGCAUUUGAUAAUGUAUUUUUAUUGCUGCUUUUUACCAUAUACCUUAAAUCUCAGAAAAGUAUUGUUUUCCUGAAUGAAAUUAAAACCAAGGAGAACCUGCUUAAGGAACUACACUCAUUCCUCUAAAACUGAGUCAUCUGACAGCUAAAAAAAUCUUCUACCUCUUCAGGGCCCAAGACACUCACAGCUAUGGAGCUAGCAAACAUUUUUACCAAAUCGGGGAAAGGGCAGCAUCUAAAACCAGGACGGUUAUUUACAAACCCAUCUUCCUUGACACCAGCGAGUCUCAUCCAGCAGCCCGGGCGCUGCACAGCACGGUGCUUUGCCCAGAAAGCAUGUGUAGCAGGGCUAGGAAGCGAAUGAGUGAGUACCCAAGCAGGGGCCUGCUGGGAAGUCCGAGGUCUCGGCUCCUGGUCUGCGGACUUCCACGGUGAGAGCAGUUGCCAUCCAGUGGCCCGCAUCUGCCUCACUGGAGACCAGCACCACGUGGUGAGGAAAGCUGCUAAUUCCUGCACAGCCUCCUGGGGACAGUUGAUAACGGGAUCCAGGUAGGCGGCUGUGUAGGUGCACACGGGUGGAGGCCUGAGGUCGACCUAGGCUGUCCUGCCUCGGGAGCCUCCACUUCGUUUUUCUGAUGGGCGACCUGGUGGGGAGCUGGGACUUGCCAGUCAGGCUCAGCUGCCUGACCCAGAGGCCCACUUGGCUCUGCCUCCCUGGGCAGGCGCCCGUCGGUUCGGGAGAUUUGGAACUCUGGUCCUGUGCUUGCAUGGCAAGCCCUUACUGAGCCAUCUCCCCGCCCAUCAAGUACUUCUUCAAGGGGAGAAGCGAUUACUGAGUUUCGGUCUGCACUGGUAGAUUAACCCCAUAGAUCUAUCUAAAAUUCUAACUACUCUUCUAAGAGGAGCACUUGCACAUUUUAUAGGAGUUCAUUAAAUUAACGAGAGCAGCGUUUUAAAGGUGGUAUUAGUACUGAUUGCAGAGUUGGAAAGAUGGCGUUUUAAUUUUCUGCUCCUGUAUACAUCAUUUUUUCAAGACUUGAAUGUCCUCCGGAGGUUAUCCAGAGAGGCGGCGGCGUGCGCUGUCUGCAUGUAACAGUCCGUGGGCGCACACUGCAUCCUCACUGUCGGGAUGCACUCCCACACAGGCUCGCUCUGGUGACAGGGUAUGUUCAGGUGGGGAGUGACUGAGCAGGACCGUGUGUGCCCACAGUGCAGCCUCCUCCUCUCACUGAUAGAAACACCGAGGGCGACUUUCUGGUCAGUGCUCACCGCUCUGCUGACAGCGUCCCGGAACACAGACAAGCCGCGUGGUCACAGCUCAUUCUUCCAGCGACUGUCGCUUCACCGUCAGCGACGAGAGCCCAGGACACGGGAUUACCGCGUAUGUGCUGCUGCCUCUGCUCCUAUAGAGCAGCUGGAUUCCUGUCUUCACAGACUGCCACGUUUGAAACACACCUGCCUUACUGUUUCUGUGGGAAGCUCACCAUUACCUCAACAGGAACAAGUGUUUCUUAACUGUGUCAGCCAGAUUGAAAACGUGCCUUCUGUUUGCACUUCUUGACGGCUCCCAAGACAGCAUCUCCGGGGCCUGUGGGUCAUUUGAGCUUUGUUUCUGUGAAUUGCACAUUAUUAUCAGUCUCCCUUUGUAAAAUUGGAGUUGUUUUUUGAGACAUUUGUAGAAAGAUGGCCAGGAGGUCAUGUUUCCAUGUGGGCCAUAGAUUGUCCUCAUCUGGCAUAUGUCAUUUGCCCUUGUUUAUGCCAAAUGGUGUCUUAUGAGGGGCCACACAAUAUUUGAGGUUGGGGCCUCUGCAGCGAGGAGAACCAGUGCCUGCUGAGAACCAGUGGUUCUCGGCCUCUUCCACCACAUCCCCAGCAGAGGUUUGCCAGUGUCCACAGGCAUUUUUGUUUGCCACUUUAAAGAUGAUUGCUGCUUGUGUCUAGUGGACGGAGACCAGAGAUCCUUCUCAGUGUCUUGUGAUGCACAACACGGCCCCCAAAACAAGUGAUGAUGUCACACUAACAUGUCUGUUUCUUUCCAGAACAGAACCGGAUUUGGUGAAACAUUCACAGAAACAAGCAGCUGGCCCACCCUGUUUUGAAUAGUGUUUAUCUGUAAGCUGUUUACUGGUUCUGUUUCUGAAAUAACCUUUACCUCAAGUCCAUAUUUUAUGGCUUUAAUCUUCAUGCCUAAAAAUACAGAGAACCAGUAGCGUGUGUGUAAUGACAGCCUGCUAUUUUUGAAGCAUGGGUUUUUGUUUGCUUGGUUUACAUUGAAACUUUAUGAAAUAAAUAAAUCAGACAAAAUAA